AAGAACAACAAGCAUUUGAUUCUAAACAAUUGGAAUUUGAAAUUACCGAAGAAAUGCAACAAGAGUAUCUUAAAAGUACUGGGGCCGAUAAUCCAAAUAAAUCACGUGAUGAUCAAGAAUAUGGAGUUGCUGGCCCUUCAAAUUAA